AUGCAUCUCACUUACAUUUUCCCCUUGGCCUUGACGGCUGUAGUCAGCGCAAAUAUCGUCAAAGAUCCUAUGCCGGCGGCGGCUGUAGGACAACCGGCAGCAGAAAUGCCAGCAAGUAUGCCCAUGCCCGCAGCCGCUGAGGCUGCUCCGGCUAUGUCAGAGAACGCACCGAAAACUCCAGGAGCCGACUCAUCGCCAAGUGGGAAGGAUGUAACGAAGACCUUGACCCAAAUUCUGGACGAGAACAAGGCGAAACUCAGCACCUUGAAUAGUAAGUUCUCGAUCAUUUUUAGAGGGAUAGACGAUUGAUGAUUUUAUCAAGCUUUGCUCGGCAUGGAACCAGGACUCCUUCAAAUGCUUAAUAGCAUGAAGGACCUCACAAUCCUGGCCCCAUCAAAUGCAGCAUUCACCAAAUUCGAAGCAAGUGCAGGAAAUAAAGCACAGGUUGCCAAUAAAAUGAUGCUCGCUGGAAUUCUCGAAUACCAUGUCCUCAAGGGCAUGCACAUGGCUUCAUCUAUCCCAACCAAAAUGGUCUUCUUACCGUCUCUCCUCGGUGCCCCAAUGAACAUGACUGGUACUGGCCGAACUAUGGGUGCAGCGAUGAAGCGACGAGCAAUGAUGGAAAUGGAGGGGAUGUCUGGCAAUAUGGAAGGCAUGGAAGGUAUGCCAGGUAUGGCAGGUAUGGCACCAGAAGCCGCAGCAGGGCCCGGAUCAUCAGCAGCCACGAACUCAACCUCGAGCAAUUCGACCUCGAUAAUGAGUAAUGUCUCAGGUGGACAGGUCGUAGGUGUUGUUAAGAACGGAAAUAGAGUUGAAGUCAUGUCUGGAUUUAAAGAGAUUGCUACAGUGGAAACUGCCGUUAGUUCCUCACUGAAAUUACAUCGGGUACGAAUACUAAUUUGACCAGGAUCUCAUGUAUAACGGAGGUGUUGUCCAUAUCAUUGACAAUGUCAUGGCCGUGCCCCGGACAGUCUCUUCAACGGCUCUUGACUCUCAGCUGACAGCUUUGGUCGGUGCUCUCAAAAAUACCAAUCUCGUCACCGCAGUUGACACGACGAGAGAUGUCACCGUAUUCGCACCAAACAACGACGCAUUCAAGGCUAUCGGCGGUACUGCCGCGACAUUAGAUAUGCAGCAACUUUCUACUAUCCUACAAUAUCACGUAGUCAGAGGCACAGUCGGCUACAGCACUCUCUUGACCAUGGGGCUGGCCAAUAGAACUUUGACCACCCUUGCAGGUAAUCGGCUGAGGGUGACAGCAACUCAAAACAAAGUCUUUGUCAACUCUGCUCAGGUCGUGAAUGCGGAUGUUCUCGUCAACAAUGGUGUCAUGCAUGUUAUCAAUGAGUACGCAUCUAUUCUACCUUUUUUGAGAACAUUCAGCUAAUACAGUAUGCAGAGUCAUGAACCCAAGAAACACAACCGGAGUACCAAACCCAGCUGCAACAGUAGCACCUAUUGCAUUUGAGGGUGCCAAGCCAGCUGAUCAGGUCCCAUUCACAUCCGGCAUCAAUCCCACUACCACCGCACCAUCCGCAGCUACCAGAACUAAUGCAGGGUCCGCCAACGACCCCAUCAGGGGUGUCGUGGGUGCGGCUGCUUUGUUUGGAUUUGUUGCUGCAUUGUAGGCUAUUGUGCAAUGGUGAUGAUGAUGAUGGGGAUGCCGACGAUACCAGGACUUUUGGGGUGGGAAUCGGAAAAAAAUUGGAAUUGUUUUUGAUACAAGUAGGCUCUUUUUUUUUAAAGUAUAUAAAUGCAUAUAUGUUCCUUUCGUUGUAGUUACUAUCAACGAAUGUAUUGU